AUGGUGGAUAUUGAUAGAACCAUUGAAUUGAUAAAGAAUAGUAAACAUGUCCCAGAGGAAGAUGUCAAAGAAAUAUGUCAAAAAGUCCAGGAAAUACUUAUUGAGGAGUCCAAUGUUCAACUAAUAUACCCUCCUAUUGUGGUAUGCGGCGAUAUUCACGGCCAGCUUCAUGAUUUGUUGAUUCUCUUUGAAAAGAAUGGCCAAGUUCCAAAUUCAAAAUAUUUAUUUCUUGGUGAUUUCGUGGAUCGCGGAUUCUAUUCAGUAGAAACUUUCUUAUUACUUAUAAGCUUGAAGCUUCGAUACCCUGACCGUAUCUAUUUGGUGCGAGGAAACCAUGAAAGUAGGUCAAUAACAAUGGUUUACGGGUUCUACGAUGAAUGCCUACGGAAAUAUGGAUCGGUCAACGUGUGGCGUUAUUGCUGUGAAGUAUUUGAUUAUCUAUCGCUUGGAGCUUUAAUCUAUGGUAGUAAUCUGUCAGGGGGCGACGGUACUGGGAAUGGGGUGUUUUGUAUCCAUGGAGGAUUAUCUCCGUACAUAGAAUAUGUGGAUCAGAUAAAACAUAUAGAUAGAAAAAAAGAGGUCCCCCACGAAGGGGCAAUGUGUGAUUUGUUAUGGAGUGACCCUGAUGACGUGCCAGCCUGGGCAGUCAGUCCCAGAGGAGCUGGGUACUUGUUUGGGGAGAAUGAGGUGAAAAAGUUUUUGUAUUCCAAUAAAUUGAACUUGAUCGCAAGAGCCCAUCAGUUAGUAAUGGAAGGAUAUAAAGAGUUGUUCAAUGGGGGAUUGGUCACCGUAUGGUCGGCGCCAAAUUAUUGUUAUCGAUGUGGAAAUGUUGCUGCUGUUUUGCGAAUCGAUGAUUAUUUGAAUAGGGAUUACGGGUUGUUCGAUGCCGCGAUUAAGGACGUAGAUGCUAUCCCAUCUAAGAACCCCGCGGCAGAGUAUUUCUUAUGA